CGCGUGCUUGGAGAGUAAAUCUGCCAGUAGGAUAGAUUUUACAACUGGGAAAUCCCUGUGCAAUAUGAGGGAUGGACCUGGUGAAACAAAAAGAUCAAAAUUGUCUUGGUCAACCCAACCUAUGUUUAGGCCUCCAGCUUCCAACAAUCGCUCUCCAACGUUCACAAGCUUCUCUCUCAACAAAAUAAACAAAAACCAUAACCUUGACAUUGGCUGGUUUGGGGCCUCCCUCCUUGGAGCUCCUCCUCAAUCCAUUACUUCUUCGCCAUCGCAUGAACAAUGCCCAUCUCUAUCCUUCUCUUAUGCGUCUUCGCUUUCGUUCCCUCUCUCUACGCUGCACCUAAAGGUUUGUACCUCAACUGUGGUUCUACAAAGGAGGAAACUAUCAAUGGCAUCAAAUGGGUCCCUGACAAUGUUUACAUAAAGACCGGAAAUGUCUCUGAAAUCAAAACUCCGGGCAUCAUACCCGUGCUCUCUUCAGUCCGCUAUUUCCCGGAUACUUCUGCCAGAAAAUCCUGCUUUGAGAUUCGCAGGCUAGUCAGAAGGAAGAGAUAUUUAGUUCGAACGACAUAUUACUAUGGUGCCUUUGAUGGCGGUAAGGAGCCCCCAAUCUUUGAUCAAAUCAUCGACGGGACUAAAUGGAGCACUGUUGAUACUAGCAGUAACUAUGCCAAGGGGUUGAGUUCUUACUAUGAGAUAAUUGUUCAGGCUGCGAAGAGGGCUAUAACAAUUUGCUUAGCAAGGAACAAUAAGACUGCAUCAAGUCCGUUUAUUUCUACACUUGAAGUGAUUGAUAUGGAGGAUUCUAUGUACAAUGCAACUGAUUUUGGACACAAUGCUCUUAGCACCAUUGCUCGAUAUCGGUUUGGCCACAGUGAGUUUAUGAGCUAUCCAGAUGAUCCCUACAACCGAUACUGGAUGCCCUUAAAUGACCCAAAGAGACUAACUGUCGACUGUGCAUUCAACAUAACCUCAACCGAUAUAUGGAACAUGCCACCAGCAAAAGCAUUGAGCAAAGGGUUCACAGAGAGCAAAGGCAAAGAGCUUAUUAUAAAUUGGCCUGCGAUGAAUCUUCCAGCUUCCAGUUACUAUGUGGCAUUGUAUUUCCAGGAUAACCGAAACCCAAGCCCUUAUUCGUGGAGGGUUUUCGACGUUAAGGUUAACAACCAAACAUUUUACUCUGGCCUGAAUGCUUCGACCAAAGGUGUAAUGGUUUAUGGGAAGCAGUGGCCUCUUUCAGGUCAGACGGAGAUCAGAUUGACUCCGGCUGCUAAUAUGGACAAGGGUCCAUUGAUCAAUGCAGGUGAGAUCUAUCAAAUUGUGACGAUAGGACCAAGGACUCAUCCUAAAGAAGCAAUUUCAAUGACGAGAUUGGCAAGAGAAUUUCAGAACCCACCAUCAGAUUGGAGUGGUGAUCCCUGCCUGCCUCAGGGAUACUCAUGGACUGGUGUGACUUGUGCUGUUCUUAAUGUCAAUUAUUACAAAAUUGUCUCAUUGAAUCUAACAAACCUUGGUAUAUCUGGAACUUUAUCCCAAUCCAUAGGAAGGCUAACAAGCAUUGAAAGCAUAGACGUCAGCAAUAACAAACUCUCUGGCCCCAUUCCAGAUGCAUUCAAAUCUUUAGCUGGUUUAGUCUCUCUGCGUUUGGAAAACAACGGUUUCAAAGGACCAAUUCCUCCAUCUCUAGCAGAUCUCCCGAAGCUUAAAGAACUACACCUACAAAAUAAUCAGCUUGAAGGCCAAGUUCCCGACGCUGUUAGGAACAAACCUGGCAUCGAUAUCCGUACCUAAAUGGAGUUGCGAGAGGAUUUUAUGAGCUCUUUUACGUCAAUGGCGAAAAGCGUAUAGAUUGGGCUUGUAGAUUGCAAGAAGCUAAGAAGGGAAGAUUUUCUUGAAGGUCAAGUGUAUGACAGUGUUAUGGCUUGAGGCUCACAAAUUAUGAUUGAUUCUUAUUGAAUAAAAUGCAACACAUCAUGCAGGUGUACUGACAUUGUUAUAGCUUGAGGCUCACACAUUACUAUUAUCCUGAGAACAAGUUGUGUAUUUGUUCCCUGAAAAACUAAUGAUACUAAACGAAGGAUUCAUUAAUAAAUUCAUUAGA